UGUGGUUAUAAAUGAAUCUACAUUUGCAAAAGGAUUAAGUUUUUUGUUUUUAAUAUUAAAUAUUAAAGAAAUAUAUAAUUUAACUACAAAUUAACAACAACAUCUGCUGUAGCGGCUAGACAAUAUGUAUAACAAUCCGAAUGCUGGCAUAAGGAAUCGUAAGUGGGAAAAUUCUUCUGGCCCGGGACGUAAAAUUAAACAUGUUCGAGAUGUUAAUGCUAUGGGACCGGCAGCUCCCAUGGCCAGUUCCUCUCCAUACUUGCAACCGACAAACGGACCAACUGUCCUGGAUCCAAUGCUAGGUGGCAAUGCUGCUCCCAGUGGCUUUGGCAUGCCUCAACACCAAUCUCCCCAACCAAUGGGUGGUGGUGGCUUCAACAAUGGAGGUAUGCCCAUGCCCAAUCAAAAUUAUGGAUAUUCUGCCCCAUCACCACAACCGCAACAAUACAGUUCUGUUCCCGGAGGACAGCCACAACAGCAACCAUUUGGCGGUGGGGUUGGUCCACAACAACAACAGACAGGUGUAGCUGGAGGGCCACCUGGACAGUUUCCCCAGUUUGCCAUGUUUCAACAGCCAAUUGUACAAGAUAUGGCCAUGCAAUAUGGUCAACGACUGGCCGACCAGGGCAAGCAGUUGGUGGAGAACCAAUUUACUAAAUGGGUACCAGUUGCCAAAUUGAAAUACUAUUUUUCAGUCGACAACAAUUAUGUGAUCAACAAAUUGAGGUUGUUAUUCUUCCCAUUCACACAUAAGGAUUGGUCCCUCAAAUACGAUCAAGAACAACCUGUACAACCCAGAUAUGACAUAAAUGCUCCAGACUUGUAUAUACCCACCAUGGCUUUUAUAACAUUUGUCGUUGUGGCCGGUCUCAUGUUGGGUCUUCAAAAACGUUUCUCGCCCGAAGCCCUCAGUAUACAAGCGUCCAGUGCUUUGGCCUAUUGUAUUUUUGAAUUGGUGGUAUAUACAAUCACACUGUAUGUGGUCAACAUCAAAACGAAUCUAAAAACAUUGGACUUAAUGGCGUUUGCCGGAUAUAAGUUUGUCACAAUAACAGCAUGUCUAUUGGUGAGCACAAUGUUCCAUGGUUUUGGAUAUUAUUUGGCAUUGGCAUACUGCAGUUUAUCGUUGGGAUUCUUUUUGUUACGUACUUUGAAAACCAAAGUCCUACACGAAACCUCACCAGCAGCUGCUACAGGAGCCAUUAACUACGAUCCCUAUGGUAAUCCCCAACAGUUGGAUUACACUGGUGGCAGAAAACGAAAAUUAUAUUUCCUUUUCUUAGUUGUUGGAGGGCAAGCCUUUUUGUCCUUUUUAUUGUCGAAACAUUUAUAUUUCCCCGAUGCGGCCACCUUAGAAGCUAGAAAUCUACAAUUUUAAGUGAAUACUCUUAUUUGUUUUCUAUUCUGUGCAUAAAAACAACAACUAUUUUUAGUUUAAUUUUCCACAAGAAAAAAUAAAGCUAAAAUAUGAACCAUA